AUGGUUCAGAAAUGUUUUGAAGAGAAACUGGAGUUACUAGACCAAGAGAUCUCUGGAUUCAUAGUCAAAAUGCAGAAAUUGCCAACCAUAAAGGAGAAUUUGGCAUUGUUAGCGAAGAUCAUUAAGAGAUUGGGAUUUCAAGUAGAGAAACAUCAACAAAUGCUCGUCUUAUGUUAUGAAAAUGACCAAGGGACAGGCAAAGGAUCGAUCUGUGGGAGAUUCUUGGUUAUUAAACAAGAAACGACUGUGGAAGCAUAUCGAAAUCAGUUUGAUAAGUUAAUAGCGUUAUUGCCUCAUCUGCCGAAUGAAGUUCUAGAGGAGACAUUCAUGAACGGUUUGGCGUCGUGGAUUAAGGCUGAAGUUGAGUGUUGGGAUCCCACCGGGUUAGCGCAAAUGAUGUCAUUUGUGCAACGUGUUGAAGAUAGAGAAAAUGCGUGGGUUGAAGCGGGACGGGCGCGAAUAGAUGGAGGAUUGACGAAUCCUCGAACACUGAAGAUCACAGGGGAAAUCAAAAGAGAAUCAGUGGUGAUACUAGUAGAUUGUGAAGCUACGCAUAACUUCAUAUCAGAGAGUCCAGCGAAUCAUCUGCAGUUGAACAUCACAGACACGACCAAUUACGGAGUUGUUUUGGGAUCAGGAACCACAAUGCAAGGUAAGGGAGUAUGCAAAAAUGUGAAAAUGAGACUGGGUGAUUGGAGAGUGUGUGAUAGUUUCCAGCUGUUGGAACUAGGGAAUGCUGACGUGAUUUUGGGGAUGCAAUGGCUACACUCUUUAGGGAAAAUAGAGGUAGAUUGGUGGAACCUAACAAUGACAUUUGUUCAUGAGGGUCAGAAGAUUACACUGCAAGGGAAUCCAAGUCUGGAAAAGGAAGGGAUUAGUCUGAAAUGUACGAUGAAAAUAUGGGAUGCUCCCUACGAGUACUUAAGGAACAUUUGA